GCGUGUCGGCUGUCGGUGUUGAGCUGUAUGGACACUAGCUUCAUUCAUCCGGUCCCGGGACAUGCUGUGCUAAGCAAAACACCGGACAGAGUAAUUCCUGUCACAUUAUAUCAUGCUGCGGGUGUGCAGACGGGCCAGGGCGGCGGCCUUAGCUAAGGAAUGCCUCUGUGGUAAAUCAUCGCUAAAUUUACGUGCGCCGAGAGCCUACUCUACUGCAGGAUCAUCCGGGCUCUCUGCUGGAAAGAUCAUAGGUGGAGGCCUCCUUGUUGCAGGUGGCGGCGUUGGGGGCACAGUUCUAUAUGCCAGCUGGGAUCCACAAUUCAGAGACAAUGUUGAAAAGUCUAUACCCUACUCAGAGAAACUCUUUGAGCUUGCACUUGGGCCUGCACCAUACAAUUUUCCUGUGCCAAAAAAAUCUGCAACAUCCGCUCCCCUUAAAAUUUCCACAGUUGAAGAGGUAAUGAAGGAGUCCAAACAGCCUAAGAAAGAAAAGACUGAGACUCUGAUAUCUGCUAGUGAACGUACAGAAGCUUCUUCACAUGUAGCCCAAAUAAUUUCAGCGACUGGUGAAUCGGUGUCUGUUCCAGCUUCAGCGGUACACAAAGAUAAUGCUCCCCCGUUACCUGUAGAUCACCAAGCUGGAUCUCCAACUGCCAGUUCUGAAGCAGAUCAUUGCAAGGAGUGUGAGCAUGAGGGUUCACACACCUUAAAAGAACGCCCUCCAGAAGAAGUGGCCGCACGCCUUGUUCAGCAGGAGAAGGCAGAGAGAGAAAAGAUUGAAUCUAUUGCGGCAGUGCUGGAGGAGGCUCUUGGUAACACAGCCAGGGUUACCGUACAGGCCAUAGCGUCCCAGGAAUCUGCUGUGCAAGCUGUUAAUUUUCAUGCACAGAAACUGAAAGAGGCUAUGGAUGACUCCCAGAUUACUUCAGAAAAAAAGUCCUUGCAGUGGCGCGAAUUAGAAGAUGCCUUAAAAGUUCGCAGCAAGGCUGUGGACGAGGCAGCUGAUGCUCUUUUGAAAGCUAAGGAGGAGAUGGAGAGGCUGAAGAGUGUGAUUGAUAAUUCCAAGAAGAACCUUAUUGAUGGAGCAAAACCGCACAUCAUUUCAGCUGAGGAGAACCUGCAUCGUAUGAUUGUCGACCUGGAUAAUGUGGUUAAAAAGGUGCAAGCUGCUCAGUCAGAAGCUAAGAUAGUCGCUCAGUAUAAUGAGUUGGUUGCUGUAGCUCGGGACGAAUUUCAGCGUGAACUUGACAGUAUUACCCCAGAAGUACACCUUGGCUGGAAGGGAUUAAAGAUUUCCGAUGUAGCUGGUAAACUAAGCAUAGACGACUUGAACUCUCUCAUCGCCCAUGCUCACCGGCGUAUCAACCAGCUACACAAACAACUGGCAGAUUACAGAGUGCGCGAACAGCAGCACAUUGAAGCAGCCUUAGAGAACCAGAAGCUGGAGGAUAAAAAAGCUCUAGAAUCUGCAGUUACCAAGGCUCUAGAGCACUACCGAGCCGAGAUCAAACUGGAUCAGGACAAAAAGGCUGAAGAAAUCAGGGAUGUGAUGGAAGCUGAAAUGAGAACCCAACUGCGCAGACAAGCGGCUGCUCACACAGACCACCUGCGUGAUGUCCUAAAUGUGCAGGAUCAAGAACUGAAGGCAGAAUUCCAGCAAUCACUAUCAGAAAAACUCUCAGAGCAAGAAAUGCAAUAUAGGCGUCUUUCUCAGGAACAGUUAGACAACUUCACGUUGGACAUAAACACUGCUUAUGCCCGGCUAAAGGAUAUUGAGCAGGCCGUUGAGGGACAUGCAGCUGCUGAAGAAGAAGCCAGGAAGGCUCACCAUUUGUGGCUUUCAAUUGAAGCAUUAAAAUUCACCCUUAAAACUGCUUCUGGUGACAGCCCCACAGUUCCUCUUGAAGGAGCAGUUGAAGGUAUCAAGUCUAGCUGCUCUAAAAAUGAAUUUACAGACACCGUGACUGCAGCUAUACCUGAGGAGUCCUUAGCUCGGGGUGUGUACAGCGAGGAAGCACUAAGAGCACGAUUUUAUACCGUCCGAAAAUUAGCCCGUAGGGUUGCCCUCAUCGAUGAGACCAGAAACAGUCUGUACCAAUACUUUCUAUCCUACCUUCAAUCUCUUCUGGUCUUUGUACCUAAGCAACUGAAACCAUCAGCUGAACUCUGCACUGAAGACCUAGACACAUUCAGACUACUCUCAUACACAUCCUAUUGCAUUGAACGGGGAGAUUUAGAGUUGGCAGCAAAAUUUAUAAACCAGCUGACAGGAGAGGCGAGAAGAGUGGCCCACGAUUGGUUGACUGAAGCUAGACUUACCCUAGAAACAAAGCAGGCAAUUGAUAUCUUAUCUGCAUAUGCAUCUGCAGUUGGUUUAGGCACAACUCAAGUACAGUAAAGGGAAACUUCAUUGUAUUCAGAAUUGUUGUAUUGUGAAAGGAUGUUCUGUCCAGUAACGUACAAUCCCCUUAUUUAUGUUCUAAAUUGUUUAGCGUAUCUAAUCAAAAUCAAAGUUCACUUUUGUUGCACUCUGAUUAUCUAUCCCAGACAGAUGCACUUCUUGUUUCUAAAUCGAUAUAAUUUUUUGCAAACUCCAGGAAUCUUUUUCCCUGUAACUUAUACCACGUUUUUAAGUUUUCAGGUUUUAUUGAUCCAACCAAAAUUAUGCAAUAUACUGUUGUCAUAUACUUUUGUUCUGGUCCUGUGAAUAAACUAAAAUAAUGCCAAAAAAAAAAAAAAAAAAAAAAAAA